AUGCCCGUCGCCUCCUCGACCCCGACGCGCUACCUCGCCACUCGCCAGACUGCCCCGCCGCCGCUCGGAACCCCCCCCCCCUCGCCGGACCGCCUCCUCGCCAAGCGCCUCCCCGUCCUCGACCUCCUCCCCAACGACGCCCCGACGCCAACGUCGUUCGCCGUCGCUGCAACCUCGCCCCGCCGUCGCGUUCCCCCUGCAUCGGGCCUCCCCUUCAACGUGGGUGAGCAACCCCUGGUCGUCCUCCUCUCUCCCCGAAGCAGCCACUGCAUCCCGCGCCUCACCCCGCCGUGGCCACGCCCUGGCUGUGCUCGUGCCGCGCCGGCCACGCCCGACGCGCGCGCCCGCGCAUCGCCUCCCUCCCCGGCGCGCUCACCGCGCCCUAUCACUCCACCCAGCAGCUCUCACGCGCGCGCCAUGCGCCCCUGA